AUGGCUAUCCCAUCCCUCCCAGCCGAACUCAUCCGCCACGUCAUAUUUCAAUCCACCCCGCCCAAACAAUGGGGCAAAUACUGGCCCUCCACGCGGGCCGUGGACGAGGUCAAGGACUUUCUGGCGCUGAGGCUAGUGUGCAAGGAAUUCAACAACAUCGUUCUGGAUUAUUUCCUGGACCCGCGGGUUUUGACCCAGAGCUUUGACUCGGCGUGUCUGCAGCGGAGUGACCCGCCCACGCCCCCGGCGAUCCGCUUCUGCCGGAGACUGUUGAGCCGGCAUCUGGAGCGGAGUCGGGCGGGGCGUCAGGUGAAUGAGGUGUCGAGGAAGUUUGCGCAGCGUGUCAAUGGGGUUGUGGAUGCGGCGGUUGCUGCAUUACGGGAGGGGAAUAGGGAUGGGGAUGAGGUUCAGAGGCUGCGCAAGACGUACACGGAGGGCAUGGCGGCCGCGGUGGUCGCGUUCGGGGGUCUUACGAAGGCGAUGUUUCAGGGGAUAGCUGGGACGAAGCCGGAGAGGGAGGGUGUGGAGAAAGACCAGGAUGGUGAUGAUGAUGAUGAUGAUGAUGAUGGGCUGGAGGAGGAUGAGGGAGAAGAUGAUGAUGAUACGGAGUGGGCGUGGAGCGAUCCAUUGACCAUGGCGCUGACGGCAGCGGGGAUCCUGUGUCGAGUCGACGACAUGAAGACUCUCAUUGCCAAGGGUGCGAGGCCUUGCUUUGAAGAAGAUGGAGGAUGGAUUGGGUUGACCCUUCACGGCGCUGCGAUCGGCGGCAACCUCGAUGCCAUGAGCCUUCUUUGCGAGCACAUUCGGCGCGAGAGUGUAGGCGACGAGGACGAAACCAUGGACGACUGCUUGCACACGGGGAACACGGCGUUGCAUUUCGCCGCACAGUACGGUCACUGCGAAGCCGUGCAGUGGUGCUUGAAGGAGGGAUUCAAGCCGGAUGACAGGAACAAGAACGAUCAGACGCCGCUCUUCCUUGCUGCGAGUAGCGGGCAUGCCGAUGUUGUUGAAAAAUUCCUCGACCUGGACUUUGAGCGAGAGGGGAAGUGGAGGCUGUCAGAGAAAGAUCAAGAAAGGUCUGCUGCUGCUGCAGCGGAUGAUGAUGAUGAUGACGACGACGAUUGGUUCACGAUGCAGCGCGCUAUAGUUGACGUCGAAGCGGAUGAUUACCGCGGACGAACCCCAAUGCUGAUGGCCGUACAGCGAGGGUACUUGGACGUUGUUGAGAAGCUGAUGCGGAGAGGGGAUUUGCUGAUCAACCGACGGAACCCUGAGGAGUACAGGAUGACCUACCUGGCGACAGCAGCCUCGAGGGGCCACGAAGCGAUCGUCCUCCGCCUCCUUUCGUACCCGGAUAUCAAGACAGGCGUCAUAGACAGCAGUGGCCAUGGGAUUCUAAAACAUGCAGCUGUCGGCGGCAACGAGAAUAUCGUACGGAAGGUCUUGUCAUGGCCCAAUGUUGACGUCAACCGGCGCGGCGAGGACGACUCGACCCCGAUCAUGUGGGCUGCGAUACACGGCCACGAGUCCAUCGUCCGGCUGCUAAUUGAUAAUGGCGCAGCCGUGGACCUGGUGACACACCAGCUACAUCUCCGGCUCAUGAGGUACUUCGGCGUUUCAAGCGACCCGGAUAAUGGCGCAGUCGACAACCGACUGCUGGGAGCAAUGACUGGGCAGGUCGCAGUGCUGGUCGGCGCGUCGGCGCUCGACGCCGCGGCACACAACGGCCACGAAGGCACAUUUCGAUUGUUGAUGUCUCAGCCGGGCGUCGAGCUUGAUCGGCCGGACUUGGAUGGCCGGACACCGUUCGCCAAUGCGGCUCUUACAGGGAAUGCGAGCAUUGUCAGGAUACUGUUAGAGCAGGGUGAUGUGCUCAAUCCUGAAGCACCUGAUAGAUACGGCCAUACGCCCUUGAUGCUUGCGGCGCGGGCUGGCGAUGAGGAUGUCGUCAGGGCUCUUCUACGGGACCCUCGCGUGGAUAGCAACCGGAAAGAUAAAAAGGGGCAUUCUGCUCUGGCCCUGGCGGCGAUACAGGGCUCUGAGGAUCAUGAGAGUGUGGUGAGGCUACUGUUAAAAGCGGUUCGAUCCCGACAGGAGGUUGAAGAAGCCCAGGCAGCGACCGAGAAAGCAAGCAUGCGUGCGCUUCUGAGUUCAUACCUGCAGAUAAAUCCUGAGAAGGUCAACGAACGACACAGUUUAGAUUAA